UUAGUUAUUCUUGGUUUUAUAUUCAGUAUUUUUCUAGUAUUUGUAGAUAGCUGAGUAAGUCAAUCAGAGUGAGUGUUACUCAUCAGCAAAAAUGUAUGGUGUUGAAUAGUGUAAUUGGAAGUAGAAACCUAAACAAAAUUCCCCACUUGAUUUGAAAGGCAAGCUUUAUUUCUGCAUUUUAGCACUGAUGUAUUUAAUGUAGUUUCUUCUCUUUUUGUAUGUUUCUUACCAGGAUUGUUGUCUUAAAUCUUAGGUUUGAAAGUUGACUCUAUUGAGCAUGAUCUUCCUAUUAUUGAGUACUAUAUUUGAGAACUAUAUGGAAGACAAUUUCUUGUUUCCUUAGUCAGGUUUUUUUUGAUGGAUUUCAACAGCACUUAGACAUAUAUAAAGUGAGUGUGCACCAGGUUUUAUUGUUUCCUUGUGCUACCAAGUAAUUUUCCUUCCUUUUUUCCUCAAGGCUUUCACGGAUCAACAGAAGAAUCAAAAAUCACUAAAAAUUAUAGAAUUUUUUUUGCCAAAAUCUUAAAAAUUGACAAAACACUCAGAGGAAAUUAUGUUGUCUGAAGAAGGUACUUUACCUUUUCAGGCUAGUAUAUCUGCCAUUAAAAUACCCUUAUAAACCAUUCUUUCCACGCUGUGGUGUGUGCUGAAAGAGGCACAGUUAAAUGGUGUGCAGCUGCUAUGGCAUGUGCCAAAGUUUAGACUGAGCUAAGCGAGGCUUAGAAGCUUCUUUGGCAUACAGAUGACUGACACUGUCCCAACCAUGCACUCUGUCUUUUUACCUGAAAAUCUGAUGCUAUCACAUAAAAUAACAAGUAUCAACAAGCACUGUUUUGUUCUCUACUGGAAUUAUGCUGAUUUUAAUUAUCAGUCAGAACAUUAAAAAACAGAUUGCUUUUUGACCCUUUGCAUGUUGAAUUGUUGGGAAAUAAUUUGUUUGGUUUUUGCACUGCUUGGCACCAAUUUCAUGCUUUUCAAUUGUAUGCCAUUACAAAGUACAUCUUCUUCCAUUUUCUGCUGUUCUGACAUCAUCAAGUCACUACCCAGUUCUACAAUGCUCUUGUUGCUAAGAGCCUCAGCUCACAAGGCAAAAGGAAAUAUGUGCAUGUGAAGAAAAGAAUCUGGUAUUAUUUCAAGCUUUUUCCUGCUGUUCCUGGUGUGCUCCAUGUUAGAGGUUAGGGAACCAAGAAGUUGCUCUCUGGUUUAAGCUUUUGGGAAUGAAAUGCUUUCUAGACCCUCAGUUUGUAGAUCCCAAAGAUGCAGCCAGGUGCAACUUUGUUUACUAAAGAGCCAAGGACACAUUUAACAAAGCUGCAGUACUGUCUCCUUUAUACUCCUGUGUGCAGGAACAUCAGAGGAAAGAAAAUGCAUGGAGGAAUGUGAGGUGGACAGUAAAGGAAGCUAGGGAAGGAAGAAAAUAAAGUGACAGAAAAGGAAAAGGUGAUAAGAAAGAAGAAAGAAGCUAUAAAGUGGAAGACAAGAAAAAGAGGAGACAAUGACCUGGAAAAUAAAAAAAGAGAUGGUGUUCCUGUGAGUUCUGUGGAUCAUACUUGGCACAUCUGUCUUAAUGUGGUUUGAUGUUUUGUCAUAAUGCCGACAUGGUGCAUCAGUGUAGUGGUUUGUAAUGCAGCAGAUUAAACUCACAAUGUGCUGUUUUACAGGUCCUCAAUAGCUUCUGGAGGGUUAUAAUCAGGAUAAUAAUACCAAUAGAGAGGGUAAUGCUGCAGGUGAGGUGUAAAUAGAUGAAAGAGACAGCAUGUGAUGAGAGAGAUAAAUGGAGAAGAUAAAAACUGAAAGAAAACUGAAGAAGGGACAGGAAGAGGUUCCUGAACAGACAGCUUUCCAGAAACAAGCCUUUGUUCUAUUACGGACAGCUGAAGAACAAUGGCUUCCUUCAGCAACCUGACUAUCGGCAUUGCUGUUGCCAGUUUUACUGUAUUUCAGCUCCUGUUCCAUGUUUUAAGUUCCUGGGUGUCAACACGAAUAACACCCGGUUUUAAAAAUCUCAGCCAAAAAAGGAAGAUUGAAUGGAAUUCAAGGACAGUGUCCACAUUCCACGCCUUGGUGGUUGGAGGGUUUUGCCUAUAUAUUCUAUUGUACGAUGAUGCUGUUAAUGCUGACCAUCUCUGGGGUGACCCUUCAAUUGUGAAGCUGAAUAUUGCUAUUACCACAGGCUACCUCAUUUCUGAUCUGUUGCUUAUUAUUUACUACUGGAAGGCAAUUGGUGACAAAUUUUUUGUAAUACAUCACUUGGCAGCUCUGUAUGCUUACUAUUUUGUACUGAGCAAAGGUCUGCUGGCUUAUUUUGGAAACUUCCGUCUACUUGCAGAGUUCUCCACUCCUUUUGUCAAUCAACGGUGGUUUUUUGAAGUACUGGGAUAUCCCAAAUCUUCAAAGGCCAACAUCAUGAAUGGUGUGCUGAUGACAGUUGUGUUCUUCGUGGUGAGGAUUGCCGUCAUGCCUAUAUAUUACAGCCACGUAAUUGCUUCGUUUGGAACAGAAGCUUUCCACAGAUUAGGAUUUGCAGCCCAGAGCGCCUGGAUUAUCUCGAGUGUUGUCUUGGAUAUUAUGAAUGUGAUGUGGAUGGUCAAAAUUGCGAAAGGAUGCUACAAGGUCAUUUGUCUUAUUGGACGGGAGGAAGCCAAAACUCACAGAAAUGGAAAAUCUGCCUAGAAAUCAUACAUAAAAUGAAAUUUCUGCUAUGAAAAUAAUUUGGGUUCACUGAAACAGUGCACAUUUCUGCCAUGGAAUGCUCCUAUUGAGGAAACAAGGUAUUACCUCUGUACUGACCUUACUCCUUCCCUAGCCACACUGCCUGCACACCCAAGGCCACGCUUUAUGGAUCCCGUCCCGUGAGGAAUAAAAGCAAAAGCUCACACAGAUGAGUUCCACGUGUCUGUUCUAAGCAGUUACAAGCUACAGAAAUUAGAAAGGAGUAGACUGGUUACUUGCUUGUCGUCCACCAGUGUGUUCGAAAUGUUUCACUCAGGUUUCUCAGAUUAAUGUGUUUUAUAAAUCCAGUGAAUACUGACAUAUCUCUUUUUUUUAGAAAAUGAAAAAUUCCCCAAACUCCUGAUAUGGUGCAAUUUUCCAGUCACGUUUCUAUGUUUUCUUCUAGGAAUAACAAUCAAGAUUCUUGACAACUUUUUAAUUUUUGCAAGAGAAGCUAAAAGUUUGGCUUUGAUUCUGUGAAGUCUUUUACUGCUUUUUGUUCUGCCUUAUACAAAUGCAAACCGUUUUUGGAAAUUUAUGAAAUAAUUUUAUCUAAAAUGCUGUAUUAUAAGACUACAUAAUAUCUUAAAAAUUGUUAAAAUUCACAUUUUGAUGGGAAGGAUUCACACUUGCUGUGCUAGAUUAGAUGCAAUAGUACAUCUUCUAGGUUGCCCAUGGAAUUUUUUUUGUAAAUUAAUAUGGUAAGUGAUGUGUGAAAACAACGUAAUUUUUACUGGAGUGCUUUUUCCUUUGCUGCUACUACCUUUGAGAAGUGCUGCAACUCUCCUUGGGUAUUUUUAACCAUUGGCUAUUUGAAUUCAGUUUAAUUGCAAAGGGAUAGAAUUCUUCUGUAUACAUGAGGUAUAACUUCCAGUAAUGGUUUUUUUUCUUUUCUCACAGAAAUGGCAUAUUUGAUAUGAAGUCUUGAGGUUUUUUGUCACAUUUUCCAUGUAAAUCCAGUCAGAAGUCCAAGGUGUUGACUAAAAACAUUCUUGAAUUAACUGUGCCAAACUUCUGUAAAGCUGUACAGUAAUUCUGUAGAAGGAACAGUUCACCUCCGUAGACACAAAAUUUUAUUUUUUUUUUAACCACACAUUUGUCAAUAGGUACUCAGUUCCUCCUUCUCUGAACUUGAAGGUCUGGAGGUCAUCAGAGAGGAACCUUAUCAUCUAGGAAUAGUCUUAAAUCUAACUUACAAUACAAUUUGAGAAAAUUCUGAGUUUUGUUUUAUUUUAAAAUGAUUUUGAGAGCUAUAUUCGUCUGUAAAUUGGUUUUGUUUUGCUUACUUUUAACCAUAUUGGAAUCGGGACUGAUUAACUUCUAAUUUUUUUCCUUGGUGUAGUUUUGCUUUGUUUUGUGGUUUUGUUUGUUUGGUUGUUUUUUUCCACAUUACUUGUUAUUUCUUGUAACCUCUGGUAAGGUCUAAAAGUAUCCAUUUUCCCAGAGACUCUAGUGCACAUCCCAAUUAUUGUGGCAGUGUAUUUAUUUUUAAAGAAAAAGAUAAAGCAUUUACCCUGUGUAGGAUGAUAAGUCCUGUUCCCUCUGACAAAGCUGGAUGAUGUGAGCUCUCCCCUCUGCUGUCAGAGGUGUGAGUGCCCUGUGCUGUGCGCUCUGCUGAGGGACUCGGCAUUCCUGUCUUCCAGGACUCAGAUGUCUGUAAGACCCCAGGAGGACUGCGCAGGCUGAAAUGCCCUAUAAUCAAAGCAGCUGCAGUGACUUUAGUACCCGAGUUAAAAUGCUGUCAGGGAGUAUUGUUUGGACAAGUGUAACACAUGCUUUUAAAAGCCUAAUUUCACUGUUUAGCUGGGCAGGCUUUUUUCUGAAAUCGUUUCCCAAUCGUGCCUUGUUAGCGGAGAAAGUAAGGAUUGUUAGUACUUCUGGUUUUUGGAUUCUAUGGUUAUUAAUACUUCACAAGCCCGCAGACAAAAGAUCUGUUUAUGCCUUGGGAGAGCUGGCAAUUAAUCUGCUGAGCUGUAUGAUUUGUGUGAGCGCAGUACCUCAUUUGGGCACCGCUAAAUCCGUAGUCUUUGAGAGUUGAUCCUUUGCAGAAAGAAACCGACUCCCUUUUAUGCUGAUUUGCAGAACCUGGUAUCUUUUAAAAUGUGAUUUCAGUCAAUCUAAUGCAAAAUCUAGGCUUUGUAAAAAGGCUCUGUGUUUCUAUCACCUUUAUGAUUUAAAGGUGUAUAUGAAGUACUUUUUUCUUGUGCUUUUAGCAUCCUUAGAUCAGGGAAUCGUUUUGUAAUAGCUUGUUCCUUUCUAAAAUAAGUUGAGUAAAUUGAAACAUUUUGGAGAAUAUGUUUGAAAGCAGAAGCCUGCUUUUUUAUUUUGUUAUUUGGGAAGUAGGAUGAAAAAAAUCGAUAAGAUGAUUUGGAGCAACUUUUAAGGUCAUAACGCAUGAAAACAUUCUGAAAUUCAUAAUUUAGCAUUAAUCUUUAAUAUUUCAGUAUUUUAAAUAUUUUGUUCUUUGUGGAGACCAUUCAUUAAAAUGGUCUAUUUCUUCCAUUUAUAGAUAGACUUGUGUCUGAGGGGGGUGGGGUGGGAAAAGUAAGUCAAGCUAAAAUAAAAUUAAUGUUAAAACUUGAUUUAAAAGAAAAAAAAAUCCAAACUCGGCAUAAUACACUUUGGGCAACAAUCCAGAAUUGAAGGGCAGUGAAAUAAUUAUUUUUAAAAACAGCUAGUACUUUGCAUUACUGUACAAAUUUAGUGUAAUUAAAACUCUAUUUUACAAUACAUUAGGUUUAAAUUUUCUAAUUUUUUUUAAACAAUAUUACAGUUAUGUCCUGAUGUGUCCACUGUGCAUCAGAAGACAAUUUUCUUUGAAAAAAACUAUUAAGACCUGUGAUUUUGGCAAGGACUUUAGUAAACAGGCUGCAAAGUUGUGAUGUACUGAAUACAGUAGUACCGGGCACUUUUUGCCUACUAUUAAAAGCUCAUAAUACAGCAAAUUAGAUAGCUGUGGCACCAAUUAUUUUAAUUGCACUUUAUUAAUUUGAAAAAUGUGGUGAAAUAUUGAUGAAAUUCAAUGUUGCAAGCUUGUGUCUUCCUUAUGCAAGAGAAGUAAAUGCAUGAUAAGUAGCAUUGUAACAAUUGCUUUUGAAUGUAAUAUCUUAUUAGUGGCUUAAAACUUAUAUUUUUAACAGAUGCAUUAUAAAAGCAGACUCUUGGCAUGUCACCAGGUGUCUUUGCUGUGGACAUAUCAAAUGGAAGGACUUAAUCUUGUAAAAAUGUUCAGCUAUCUUAAUUUUUUUUCCUUUUCCGUUCUUCAGUACGAGGUGACAUAAAAUCAGCUUGAUGAUCAUGGGAGAGACUAUUUCUAGUGGUAAGGCUGUAUGUGGGAAUGCAAGUUUCCCUUUUUUAUGACAUUACAUUUUCAUCAAAUGGUUAGUAAAUACCACUUUCAGAAAGGCUACAGGGGAAUGGUAGUUGAAGUUCUGUUUUUGUAGUUGAUUUGUAGAAUCAGUACUUGCAGAAAGGAAAUACACUUCAAAUACUCAUUUUCUCAAUGAGUGUUUCAGUGGAUUUCAGUGAAGUCGAGAGCCUCACACUACAGAGAUGCUUUAUGGUUAUCUAAGCGAAUUCUUCAGUGGUAAGAAUUACAUCCCUGAAGCCUACUCUACCUCUAUACAUACAUACUAUCUUGAGUGAGCUCAAUAACUUAAUUGGUUACAAAAUAGAAUCUGUUGAGUAAUGAAAUAUAGCCUAUGCACAGGAAAACGAGGGUAGCUGACUUCAUAUACUAAUUCUUAAGAAUUCCAAAUUUUAUACUAAAGUUUAUUAAAAAUUAGUUACGGUAUCUGGAAGAGAAUUACUUCCAUCUGUACUUAAAAUAUUGUGGGAGAAAAUUACUUAUACUGCAGAACAAACAUUAGCCUAAAAGUAAAAGCUUACACAAGCGAGCAAAUGCAUUUAGGCAGGUUUAAAGAGGAGAGCUGGAGGAGACUGAGAACACACAUAGAGAUCCAAAUGUCUUCCUACUGCUGUGAUUGGAUCAACAGCAGACUGAUACAUAGCAGGAAGGUUUAGGUGUUUCUGUAUCUCUGUUUGCAGUGGAAAAUGAAACUUUAUUCUUUAAAAUUUUCAAGCUGUAUAAAAUGGGAUAUCAGUUGUUGAUUACUGUAUGAAGAGGACUUUUCUCAUGGCUUUGUGUGUGUUUAAGCAUAUGUAUAUACAAGUUUUCUGUAAAAGACCACUUAAUAGAGAAGUUUGUAAAAUUGUUUUGUGAUGCUUCUGCUGAGCCAUUCAAAGAAAAAUAAAGGGCUGCUUGACAAUUUCUCCAGUUUAGGGUCUGGUGCAGUGUUGGCUGCUGGGGAAAGCCAUCAAUAAAGCAAAUAGAAAGGGACUAGAAUUUUCAGAUUAAAAAGUGCAAGUGUAGAAGACUUUGAAAAGUAUCAUAGCCCCCUUUCAUAUUUUUAAUAGCCUACUGUACAACGUUAUCUGGCUACAAGGAACUUCAUGAGGGAAGGUUUGUUCCUGGUUGAAUUUCUCUGUCUAGGGAACACAGCUGGAAAAAGAACAGUACUUAAUUGCUGGGAUUCUGACAGCAGUCAAAUGGAAAUAAUAAUAAUAUUUAUGAACUUUUAACAUUCAUCUAAACCUGGAUAAAAUUUCUGUUGGACAGGUGAAGGUCUUAGGAUUUUCUGAGGAAUUUGAAAGUUCUUUUUUUGGCAGAGAAGAUGAAAGAGGUGCUGCUUGGGUUGUUUGGAGAUCUGGGAUUAUGCAUCAAAUCAUACUUUUAGGUAAAAACUCUUGGUAAGGGUUCUUACCCAUUAAAAAUUUCUACUAGCUAUCUCCUUUGACAUUCUUGCUCUAUUUAUAAUAACCAAGCACUUUAUAGCUCAGUAAAGAAUGAAUGGAAGGUAGCUAGGAGAAAUAAAUUGUAUCAUUUGGUAUAAGAAAUAUUUUGGCAAAGUUUCUUCUGAGAACAGUUUCAUUGUGUGAUGUCCUGCACUGAGGCCAUCCGUUUAUAACAAAGUACAUACAUUUUUAACCUAGUUGUAAUAUAAAAGAAAUGUCUCUAAAAGAGUGAAUUAUGAAGAGUUCAGCAUGGCUUGUUAUCAACCAUAAUGAUUCAGUGUGCUAUUUAUAACUUCCUACUUACUGAAGUUGAAAAUAUAAAAGCAAAUAAAAUAUUCUGUAUUGUAUCUUUAUUUUUAAUCUAUGUGUGGGAUGUCAAACAUCGUACUUGUCUUGUGGACAGGACAUGCUUUUAUGAGCCUAUAAAUAUUUAAGUAUAUGAGAAUCUGCACCCAAGUGGAACAUGUUGCAUGUAAAUUGUCUUCUAAGUUUUUAAAUUUUGGUAUUUUUAAAAAUUUGCUAAGUUUGAAAGCAACAUUUAAAUAUUAAUACUAAGCUGUAAUACAGAACACAACAUUUUGAAUGCAAUGUGGCAUAUAUUGGUUUUGUUUAUUGUAAUCCUAUUCCAGUUUCACAAGAGAAAUCCAUCAAAUGGUGGGGGAAGGGAGGAAAAGGGCUAAUCAUGAGCUCGGCUAUAUAAUUUGCACAUUUAAUAUGCACAUAUCCAAAUAUCCUGGAUUUGUUUCUAGCAUGCAUAUGUCAAAUGGUGUUUUCUUUAAUAUUGACAGAUACCUGUACAUGUAGAAUAAUUUAACCUGUAAGCACAGCUAACCUGUUAUAAAACCAAAUUACAAAACCUGUUGGGAACAAAUGAGUUACAAGUUAAGCAUAAGUAAUGGAGCCUGUAAUUCAAAAAUAUUUAUACCUUCUAUCUAAGAAGAAACUUGAUAAAUAUAUCUAACUUAUGUGCAGAGCAAGGAUGAAAACCGUAGAUUCUGCUAGACUGAUUUCUGGUAAAUCUUGACAAUCUGAUUUGCAGUAAAUACUAAUACUAUCACAAAAUGUCAGGACCACAUUAUUGAAUUCAACUAGUAAUGUGACCUGAUUGUAGUAGCAAUCCUUAUCAUGGCACAAGAACUUGAAAAUGCAAUAUAACAAUUCUGCAGAUUGGUGAUAAAUGUAAUCAGUCAUAAUAAGGCAAAUGAUUAAGUAUUGUGGGUUUAAAUUUACUUUUUAUUACAAGAAAGAAUCUGAAUUAUUUGUUUGCAUUUCAGUGAUACUGUAAGGCAUUUCUAUAUUUGUUUGAACAGUUUAGGAGCUUGCAUAAAAUGAUAUUGGCUGAUUUUUUUUUUCCCUUUGAUAUAUGCAAUAAUGUCAAUAAGCAAUAAAUUGCAUGUUGUAUGCAAGGUAUUGGUACUUCAUAAUAAAGGAAAGGAACACA